AUGUUGCAAGCAAGGUUAGUGGAUGAGGUGCGGCAAAUUUUCAUUCCAGAUGCAGAUUACACCAAAGGAAUCCGACAGUCCAUUGGUGUCCCCAAAAUGGACAGAUAUUUAAGAGAAGAAACAUAUAUAGACGAAGAUGAUGAAUCAAAGAAGAUGCUUCUUCAAUCGUCAAUUGCUAAUAUCAAGUGUAAUGCUCGUUUAUUAAUUUGUCACCAACUUGACAGGAUUCAACGAUUAACAAAUGAGAAAAUGUGGUUUGUGCAUCAUAUUAUUGCUACUGGCGUUUUCAAUGGAGAAAGAAAAGAAGUUGUUGAUGAAUUAUGGAGGAAUACCGUUUUACAACAAUGCCUGGAUAUUGUGAAAAGAUUUCUCCAAUGUGAUGAUACGAAUAUUAUUAUUUAG